CGUGUUGCCUGGGUCAGUUAUGUUAAGACUAUUAUUGUUCAACGUUUGUUUCACUGUUACCACCCUUCAAUAUGCACAUGGUAACAAUGGUAACUUCAGCCGUCUACAAGAGAGGUUUUUAGUUGAUGGUAACACAGUAACAGUGACCAUAGACUCCCAUCAUGCCAUCCAUACAGUCAGCGACAAGUUUGUCAGCGUUACUCUUGACACUGGAAAUCUCAAAUAUCAUUUAAAGUAUUUUCAUUCAAGCCUAAAGAAGAUACGCAACCUUGCAAAAGGCCUGGCUCCGGCGUACUUCCGUGUAGGAGGGACGUCCGCAGACAGGCUCAGCUUUAAAUCAGGGCCGUCGACAGACAUCAUAAUGGACGCUGGAGAGCUGGACACUCUUUACCAUUUCGCCAGAGAUGUUGGCUGGGACAUGAUCUUUGAUAUGAAUCUGCUUCAACGCCAUAAUGGAGAAUGGGACUCCAGUAAUGCCGAAUCACUGAUGAAGUAUGCCGCCAGCAAAGGAUACAGGUUCCAUCUAGAGUUAGGGAAUGAGCCCAAUUUAUAUGAACGUAGAAACGUACACCUGGACCCCGCCCAGAUUGGCCGUGACUAUGGCAAACUAAAACACCUUAUGAAUUCUAUACACCCUUUUAACGAAAUGAUGCUGGUGGGUCCGGCUUUGACAGGGAGUUUUCAUGUGGACUACUGUGAAAAGUUCCUAUCAACAGGGUCGACUUAUAUCGACGCCAUGACAGUGCAUCAUUAUUACAUGGACGGUUCGAAAGCUAAGGAGAGUAACUUCUUGAAUCCCAGCACCUUGGAUAAUUUCAAACACUUGAUCGAUCACUCCAAGGAAGCCUUAUCCAAAGCAUCAAAGGGAACACACACGACCUGGGUACUGGAGACGAGUUCGGCUUAUGGAGGAGGAGCUCACGUGCUCUCAGAAUCCUUUCUCGCUGGCUUCACGUGGCUGGACAAACUCGGCAUGGCCGCUGCCAAUGGUAUCCCUGUUGUUGCCAGGCAGAGCUUUGUGGGCGGUCACUACUCUCUUGUGGAGGAUGAUAACCCGUUACCAGAUUACUGGCUGACAUUACUGUACAAACGUCUGGUUGGUCGGAAAGUUCUCAAGGUCACCUCUAGCGAACAUAAUCGUCACUUCCGGAUCUACGCCCAUUGUUCCAGGGAUUCAGGACACCCUCGCAGCGUCACGUUUUACUUCCAAAACAUGCUGAGUUCCGAAGUGAAGCUAAACAUGAAGGAGUACACCAGUCACUAUUAUGAGCUGUACAUCCUGACAGCUGGCGGAGACGGGUCUUUGACAUCCAAGACCGUGAAGUUGAAUGGCCAUGAACUGCAUAUGAACGGUGAUUCCCUGCCUACCCUCUCACCGGUAACCGACAGAGUCUGGCCUGUGAAGGUUCCCGGCCACUCGUUCGGGUUCCUGGUCUCACCCCACGCCGACGCAUCCGCAUGUCCAUGAGGCAAAGUUAGCACUUAGCACUCAUGCGCAUGAGGCAGUUAGACAUUCGAUGAAAAGACAGGGCAAGGUACUGUUAAUAUGUGGAGACUAAAUGAGGGUAAAUGUAGCAUUUAUUGUUGUCUUUGAGUUCUGUUCACGUUUAUCCUUGAGGUACGAUUUCAUAAUCACGAAGAAAUGACAACAUUUGAUUUAUUUGAUUU